CAUAUCCCAUAAGCCAUUCGGUGCAACUUUGUGGUGGAGUUCACCAGUCCAUUAAGAAAAUGGACGACGUCACCAAUGAUGACGUUUUCUUAAAGUUAACAAAGCAGAAAUUUUUGGAGUAUUUUGAAAGAUUUGUGAAGCCCUAUAACGUCAUUGAUUUAUUUCAUAAAUACAACUCUAACGUUCUUACAGAGGAAGAUAAAUGUCGAAUCAAGGCUAAAAACCAAUAUGAAGGAGAUAUUUCUGCUGCAAAGUAUUUGUUUGAAAGACUGUUGUCAUAUGCUGACUGGUACCCCUGUACGAUUCAAGUCUUUAGGGAUCCUCAGGUUAAACUUUCACAUGUGGCUGAUGAAAUGGAAAACAUUAAAGCUGAUUUUUCCAACAACUUCACAAGAGAAGAGGAAGAGACUGAUGAACAGGGUGCACAGCGUUUGAAACUGAAUAUGAAUGACUUACACUGUACGUGUGAGUUUAAAGUAGCAAGACUAAAAGUCAAGUGUGAGGAAUUUCAAAAGCAAUUUACAGAAGAAAAAGAAAAUGCUUCGAUGAUAAAGAAACAGUACAAUACAUUGGUUAACAUUCUUGGUACCAAAAAGCCAACAAAAUAUGAUAGUGAAGAAGAAUCUGAAGAAAGUAGUUAUUCUUUAGUGUCGCGGUCUACAAUCGAAAAAAAAGUCAUAAAUGUCCUAACCGCUCAUUACGGAGCUGCUUUGGUGCCGGCCUCCCCAUCAUCACAAAGCAAAGAGGGGGAUGUUACCCGUGCCAGGAGCUCCUCCCCGGCCAGGCCGCAGACCAGCAGCAACAUGAAUGUAGUCCGGGCCACCGAAUGGCAGUACGCAGAUACCAUGGUCAUUACAGAAUUUGAGGAGCUGCGCCACCUGGAUGUGUUCAUUGGUCAAAAGCACACAGAACUGUACGGAGACUCAGCUAAUCGCAGAUACACUAUCUUUGAUAAAAUAUUCAAAAAGGCUUUAGAAAAGUUCCGCAAAGAAUUGAAAUCACAGAUUGCUGUUGAAGCUGGUAGGGCCAAAGUUCAAGUAAGGUACAGAGACCUGUUUGAGCAGUUCAGGAAUCUCCUGACAGUUGAAAUGAAGCAAGAGAUGACGGACGCGCCCCUGGUUAUGUCUGUUAAUGCAUUCCGAGGUUUUCUGGAUGAGUUUAGAAAGUUGGAAGUAUCCAGGCAGAAGGACAGUAAAAAAGAUGGGAGUUGCAACCAGGAAUUCAACGGCCACAGGUACCAACAGGUGCAGUUUAAUAUUGUCACCUUUUGUGAGGUGUGCACCUCUAUCAUUUGGAUUAUGGAUAGAGGUUAUGUGUGUCAAAAAUGUAAAUUUGCCUGUCACAAGAAGUGCCACAGUAAACAAAACACACCUUGUGAAGGUGGAACAUGAAAUAAGCAAGGUCUGGUUGAAUUUCAUUCACGAACUGAAAGUCAGAGAGAUUGGCCAUCAUUUAAAAACAUUAAUUAAAUGGUCUUUGGCAGGACUUUUUGCAAUCACAUAGGAAGCAUUUCUUGCACAAAAAUCAUAAAUUGUAAUCAUUUGUUAUGGUGACUGCUACAAUUAAGACAUACAUAAAAUUAUAGCACAUUUCUACUCUUAAGCCGUUGAAUAAAGCCAAACAUUUGUAGCGUUAAAUAUUUUUUGGCGUUUUUUCUUCUUUUCCGCCCUCCCAGUAGCCAUCACCACCCUUAUGUCGGAUGUUUUGGGGUGCAAAUCUAUUUUUGUCCUGUGUUCCAGGCAUCAAAUAUUAAACACGUAUACAUCUAUCUAUACUCAAUACACGUUAUACCCCACAUAAAUUAGUUGGUUACGAAGUGUGUUAAAAUGACAAUAUUUGUUAAUAAUUGAUCGAUCUGAUUAAACACUCUAUCUAAAAUUUAAUCAUAUUAAAAAUAUUUAAAACAAAUAAUCAAUUUCAGUGUUUGUAGUUAGUCACACACCAAAAAGUAAAAACUCUCUGUUGAUAAAUAAUUUUCAUGAGUGGAAAAUGGGGUAAAAAAAAUGAAUCAGUAGGCUAUUGGUAAAAUAAAUCUUACUGUCUGGCAUAAGAUAAUUGUAUACAAUUAACAAAAUAUAAUAAAAAGUGAAAGCAAUUUAGAUCUAUUAAAAUCAUAAGAAUUAAACAUUAUUUAUUAGAGAGAUAAAUUAAACUUUAUUGUUUACCUAUAAAGAAUAAUCUAAAAAGAAGUACUUGAAAUACCAUAUCCUUAUUAAAAAAUGCUUGAACACUUUGAUUGAAAAACUCUGAAACAGCUUUAAUUAAU